AUGGCGGCUUCCGUCGGAACACUGAAACCCCACGCCGUCUGCAUUCCGUUUCCGGCACAGGGCCAUAUAAACCCCAUGCUCAAACUCGCCAAGCUCCUCCAUAACAACGGCUUCCACAUCACCUUCGUCAACACAGUAUACAACCACCACCGCCUCCUCAAAUCCAGGGGCCCCGAUUCUCUGACCGGACUGCCUUCGUUCCGGUUCGAGACCAUCCCCGACGGCCUUCCGCCGCCGUCGGAAGACGACGCCGACGCCACACAGGACAUUCCGUCAUUGUGUGAGUCCACCACCAACACGUGCCUAGCUCCGUUCAGAGACCUCCUUGCUAAGCUCAACGACACCGCUUCGUCCGAAGUGCCGCCAGUGUCAUGCGUCGUUUCCGAUGGGGUGAUGAGCUUCACCGCCGACGCUGCUGAAGAACUCGGCAUCCCGGAAGUUCUCUUCUGGACUACCAGCGCGUGCGGCUUCUAUGCUUACACACAGUACGAAUAUGUUUUUCGAAAGGGAUAUGCUCCACUUGCAGAUACGAGUUGCUUCACAAAUGGAUAUCUGGAAACUGUGAUAGAAGGAAUACCAAGCAUGGAAGGUAUAAGAAUGAAAGACAUGCCGAGUUUCGUAAGAACCACAAACGAAGACGAUUUCAUGAUACAAUUUAUCUUCGCAGAGACGAAAAGAGCCAAGAGAGCUUCUGCUAUUGUACUCAACACGUUCGAAGAACUCGAACGAGACACCAUCGAUGCACUCUCCUCGAUCCUGCCCCCGAUUUACCCCAUCGGCCCCUUAAAUCUGAUCGAAAAUCUUGUCAUCGAAGACGUGGGUUUGAAAGAGCUAGGAUCGAACCUGUGGAAAGAGGAUCAAGAAUGUCUCGAAUGGCUCGACAUGAGAGAGCCCAACUCGGUCGUGUACGUAAACUUCGGAAGCAUAACCGUAAUGACGCCAGAUCAGCUAAAUGAGUUUGCAUGGGGGCUAGCCAAUAGCAAGCAGCCAUUUUUAUGGGUGAUAAGACCUAAUCUUGUUUCAGGUGAAAAGGUUGUUCUGCCACGUGGAUUUCUUGAAGAGACAAAGGAAAGAGGUAUGCUGGCAAAUUGGUGCCCACAAGAGAAAGUACUAAGCCAUUCUUUAAGAAGUAGGAAACACAAACGAAAAAUAGCCGAAAUUCUGGAAAAACAGAGCCUGCAAUAAUAUAUAAUA